GACAUGUCAGAUACAAUCAGUCUCAACGUCGAUGACAUUCGGUCAUGGCGAAGCAUCAUCACACUUAUUGUUUUCGUUUUGACGAAUCUCGUAGUGCUCUUUCCAUUUCACAUUCCCAUCUUUGUUCCCACGGCGCUUGUGCACGGCACUUCGAACACCUUGCGCCGCCUGCGAGUAAUUCCGCCCAAGCAAAAGAGCGGACCUGACAGCUGUAAUGAUGAUGGAGCGCGAGGAGCCGGCCCUGGAGGCUCAGGCUUCUUCACACGAAUGCGCUUCCCUUUGAACUUUGUUACGGCCCCGCUGAUAGCAGACUUAUUCUUAUUGGCUAUCUUAGCCAUAGGCCGGGAGGAGGUCUACGACGGAACCGUGGGCUCCAACAACAUCCUGCCCAUCGACAUCAUGGUGUUCUUCCUGACACUUGCUUACAUCGCCAUCUCCAUUGACGCUUCUGGCCUCAUCAGAUACCUGGCAUUCAGGGUUUUGAGUUGGGGUGGUGAGGUCGGACACAGGCUGUUCUUCUACCUCUACGCGUUCUUCUUCGCCCUGGGGUCCUUCAUCGGGAAUGACCCGAUUAUCCUGUCGGGUACGGCCUUCCUGGCUUACAUGACCCGCGUGUCGAGUAAUAUUGAGCACCCUCGAGCAUGGAUCCACACUCAAUUCGCUGUGGCCAACAUUGCUUCAGCCAUCCUCGUCUCCUCGAACCCGACUAAUCUCGUUCUGGCCGGUGCGUUCAACAUCAAAUUCAUCGACUACACAGCAAACAUGAUCGUGCCCGUUGUCAUCACCGCCAUUGUGCUCUUUCCCUGUCUGCUCUACAUCAUAUUUGCUCAUGAGAGGCUCAUUCCCAUGAAGAUCACGAUGCACGAGCUGCCAGAGGACAUCAGGGCCAGGCGUCCUGUCAAUCCAAAUAUCCCUCACGCCAGGGGCCAGGCCGAGGACUGGGAGGACGGCAAUCCAAACAGCGAGCAAGAACAGCUGCUCUCCCUCGAGGAAAUCAUGAACCCGUUUUUGGACAAGGGAGGAGCAUCCUUUGGAGCCGUCAUCAUGACGGUCACGUUAGUGACGGUCCUGGCGCUCAACGCCGCAAGCCAGAGUACAGGCGAGCACCCUGUUUUCUGGGUGACCCUCCCCGCAGCCUUUGUCAUGUUUUGCUGGGAUGUGGGCUUCGGGUGGCUGCACCGACAUGAGACGCGCGAGAUAUCUCGAAAGGGCCGCGCUGAAAUCGAGACUGCCCGUGCCGAGCGACUGAUGCGGGCGCAGGAGGCUGAGCGUGCUGACGCAACCGGCUGCUCUGGCUCAGGGCAGCAAGGAGAGGAAGCCUAUGCCGGCGAAUCGAUGCACAAUGUGCCGGUAGUCAUCCGAGACGACCGGUCGAGAGAUGAUGAUUCAUCUAGAUCGAGGAGUGCAGAGAGCAAUAGCCACGACACCAAGAUCAUAGAGCUCGCGGAAAUUCGGCCAUCCAAAGAGAGCCAGAUCUCGGAGAAGCCGAACGCAGACGUCGAACCUGCGGUCGAAAGCAAACCUGACGCCGUAAAGCCUACCCGGUCAAAAGAACCGCAAACACUUGUAUCUCUCCUUGAAGAUUGGUAUCAAUGGUGUCAAGAGACAUUUCCGACGGUCACAGCAGUGCUUGCACACCUACCAUUUGCCCUGAUUCCCUUUGCGCUCUCCAUGUUUGUACUGGUGGAGGCACUCGUCACCAAGGGCUGGGUGCCUGUCUUUGCCUAUGGUUGGGACCAUUGGGUCGACAAGACGGGCACCGUCGGCGCCAUCGGAGGGAUGGGCUUUCUUUCCGUGAUCCUGUGUAAUUUUGCCGGUACAAACAUCGGCACCACAAUCUUGCUCUCUCGAGUAAUCCAGGCCUGGGAGGAGAUCCACAAGAGAAACGGCAUUCCUAUCUCCGACCGCAACUUCUGGGCCUCCGUCUAUGCCAUGGCCCUGGGCGUCAACUAUGGUGCCUUCAGCACCGCCUUCAGUGCCUCUCUCGCGGGCCUUUUAUGGCGCGACAUCUUGGGCCGGAAACAUAUCCACGUGCGGCGCCUCGAAUUUGCUAAUGUCAACUUGCCUAUCAUUGCUAUCGCCAUGACUAUCGGCUGUGCGGUUCUGGUUGGGGAGGUGUACAUUUAUAGGAGUGACACGCGGCCUUACAGCUUGGGCUAAGGCUUUGUGGUUGAAUAUUCUGUGGGUUUUCCAAGCGAGCGAUGUUAUUCAUCAUUACUCCAGCGCAGCAUAGAGAUGAAUGAUAAAGUAUAGACGAUUUCCUCUCCG